CCGCCGCGGGGGGACCAUGCGGAGGCAGCGGUGCCGGCGGGGGCAGCAGCAGCGGCAAGAGCGGGAGGCGGAGCGGCGGCAGCAGCAGCGUUAGGGCCCGGCGGCCCGGGGCGGCCGGGGGGGGGGGGCGGGGGCGCGGGGCGGGCCGGGCCGGGGCGCACGCGCCGCCCGGUGCGGGGCGAUCGCGCCGCUUCGCUACAUUGUAUCCGCCGGCGGCGCGAGAACAAUAGGCGCCGCCGCCGCCGCCCGCCGGCCCUGGGCGCCGCGGCCGCCGCCCGCCCCGCUGCCCGCCCGCGGGACCUUCAUGCGCUUCCCCUCCCCCGCGCACGCACGGGGGGGCCGCACCUGCCCCGGAACAGGACUGCCACUGUUGAGUCUGUGGGAGUAUGAAUCAGCAGCAGCAGAGAAUGGCUGCAGUUGGGACAGACAAAGAGCUCAGUGACCUGCUGGACUUCAGUAUGAUGUUUCCCCUGCCAGUGGCUAAUGGAAAAAACAGACCCACGACCCUAGCGAGCACUCAGUUUGGAGGAUCAGGUUUGGAUGAAAGACCGGGAUCAGGUUCCUGGGGAACGGGAGAUCAAAACAGCUCCACAUUUGACCAAGGAAGGCAGAGCUAUGGGGAAGGCCCCCACUACAGCGAGCACAGGGACCUGCCGUCUCACAACAGCAUAUCUUCAUCACCAUUCCUGGGAGCUGGACUAGUGGGGAAGAGCAGUGAAAGAGCCUCGUACUCCACGUUUGGAAGAGACGCAGGAAUGCCAGGACUAAACCAGACUGGUUUCCUGCCCAGUGAAAUGGGAAUCGCAAGUCCGAGCACGCUUUCCCCCACCGGGGUGAAAGGGGGGUCUCAGUACUUUUCUUACCCCAACAAUCCUCGCAGGAGAGGUGCUGACAGCAGCAUAGAUGGACAGCCCAAAAAGGUUCGGAAGGUGCCUCCUGGACUCCCCUCCUCGGUGUAUCCAUCCAACUCAGGUGAUGACUACAGCAGGGAUCCAGCUGGAUAUACUCCCUCGAAACCUCCCAGCACUGUGUAUCCCGGAGCCUUUUAUAUGGCAGACGGGCUCCAUAACUCGCCAGACCUGUGGAGUUCACCGGGUGCCAUGAGCCAGUCGAGUUACGGUGCCAUGCUGGGCAGCUCCUCCUCCCCGCUCCCACAGUCCAGCGGCUUCAACAGUUUACAUCAGCAUGAACGCAUGAACUACCAGCUUCAUUCAGGAGAGGUUAACGGCGGACUCCCCUCUGUGUCUGGCUUUUCCUCUGCCUCCACGCCGUACGGUGUCUCCAGUCAUACGCCCCCGAUCAGUGGCACGGACAGCAUGAUGGGUAACAGAGGAACCACAGCUGGGAGCUCAGGAGAUGCGCUCGGGAAGGCACUAGCUUCAAUUUAUUCCCCCGAUCACUCUAGCAAUAACUUCUCGUCAAACCCCUCUACACCGGUCGGCUCCCCUCAGGGCCUUGCAGGCACAUCCCAGUGGUCGCGAGCGAGCGGACAGGGUGCCUUAUCUCCCAGCUAUGAAGGGAGCCUCCACACUUUACAAAACAAAAUGGAAGACAGGUUGGACGAAGCCAUCCACGUGCUGAGGAAUCACGCCGUGGGCCAGACAGCCGCCAUGCCGAGCAACCAUGGGGACAUGCAUGGGCUCCUGGGCUCGGCACCAGCCCACAGUGCCACCGUGGGCAGCCUGGGCCAGGCCUUCCCCGCCUCGGUCAUGUCCCUGGGGAACAGGCACCCGAGUCUGGUGGGAGGAGGUCACCCCGAAGAUGGGUUGUCCAGCAACCCCAGCAUGCUCCACAACCACGUCGCGCUUCCGUCACAGCCCAGCUCGCUCCCUGACCUCAACAGGCAGCAAGACACGUACAGCGCAGGCUUGUCAGGGGGUCUGGGACGAAGCAGCGUCUCCACAGGAACCAGCGAAAUAAAGAGGGAAGAGAAGGAGGACGAAGAGAACACAUCAGUAGCAGAUAACUCGGAAGAGGAGAAGAAGGAGCUGAAACCCUCCCGGAACAGAACAAGGUGCUCUUUGAACAGUCAAGAUGAGGAUGAGGAGGACGAUCUUCUUCCCCCAGAGCAAAAAGCCGAGAGAGAGAGAGAAAGGAGGGUCGCCAAUAAUGCCCGUGAGCGCCUGCGGGUCCGUGACAUCAACGAGGCCUUUAAAGAGCUCGGACGCAUGUGCCAACUCCACCUAAACAGCGAAAAACCGCAGACCAAACUGCUAAUCCUACACCAGGCCGUAUCAGUCAUACUGAACCUGGAGCAACAAGUUAGAGAGCGCAAUCUGAACCCUAAAGCAGCCUGCCUGAAGCGUCGGGAAGAGGAGAAAGUGUCCGGAGUAGUAGGAGAUCCCCAGAUGACACUUUCAGCUUCACAUCCUGGUCUAGGAGAUGGUCACAACCCUGUUGGACACAUGUAAAGAUCUUCUUGUUCCUCUGGAUAUGGAGAUCUGUAGGAAGAAAACCCUCGGUGUGACCUGCAACCUUCUCGAACCAUAAACUUUAGUACUGCUAAUACUGACACACAUGGACGGAUCCUGGCAUGACGUAAGGGGUGGAAAAAACACUUUGUCAAAAACAAAAUGAAAACAAAAAAAAUUGCCUUAAGUAUAAAGUGCAGAACAGUCAAUACAUAUCACUCAGUUAGGAGGGGGUGGCGUGUUCUCUUGGCUUGUUCACAAGCAGCCAGCAGCAAAAUUGUGCCUAAGCUUGAUAUUUCUUUUUUAAAAAAAAAGAACAUUAGUUAUGAGAUUUUUUAUGUAGAACAAAUAGCAAUGCCUUUUGGUUUUUUUUAGCUUCUUUUGCAUAUGUUUUGUAAGCAACAAAAAGAAUUUUUUUUUGUAUAAAAAAAAUGUCUUGUACCCCAUGCUUUUCUGCUGCUGUUUCUAUAGUUAACGUUGCAUCUUUAGGAUCAACCAGAAUAUUAAAAUUGUAUUAAGAGAGACUGGAUAUAAAGAGAGGAAUUCUCAGAUUCGGCUCUGAAAGCCACUAAAAGCGAAUGUAGCCACAGCGAGGGGAUGUUCUUCCUUGCCUGGCUUGUACCUUCCAUUAUAAAAAAAACAAACUCGUGCUGAAUUCACCAUCUCUUUGCUUUGGCCGCUUCUGAUUUGAGAAAAGGAAGUUAAACAGCAAAGCAAGUAGCAGCAGUAUCCCUCAGCGGUGCUCCCGCUCCCCCUGGGAGGUGACCGAGGUCCAUCGAGGGUCUCUGCAAGAUUUGCUUUACUGUCGGAGGAUCCUGGAGGCCAUGGUCCCACCUGGGAGAGGAGGUGCCCCACGGCUGUCCCAGAGCAUCGUGAUGGGGAGGACGAACUGCCGGGAGAGAGUGGGCCUUGGGGGGUGGAAGAGAACCGAGGGACUAGGGCGCUUCCAAGGUAAGCAACGAAGCCACACGGAUGCAAGAGGAAAGCUGGGGCCGGAGGAAGGCACCUCUUGCCCACGCAAGAGCAAACGCCGCUGUCAGGGCAGCACUGAACAAAGAGGAACUGAACAAAGCUGGAGGAGUGGGAAGAGGCAGAGGCGGACAAAGCAAAGGCAGCAGCGGGACACCAAGCCCCCUGCCCCUGCAGCAGACGGACCCGCAGAUGCUGGCAGCGGGAAGGGGAGGCAUUGCUGCGCUCGCUCCAGCCCUCUCAGCAAGCCGCCACCGGCAGCAGGAUCCCAGUCUUGACGCGGCUGCUCCCCGCACUGGAGCCACCACCAUCGGCAGUGCAAGAUGCUGCAGGCUUGGGGAGAGGGGUGGUGUCGCACGCCACCUUCGCCCGCUGUCCUAUCUCCAAAGCGUCCUUGGAGGCAAACUGGGCUCGGCAUGCUGCCUGGCAUGCCGUGGGGACGCAGAGUGGCCGCUCUCACCUGAACGUGGGCUCCCCUCUCUGUGCUGGAAAGGAGGGGAGCAGCGAGCGCCCAUCCUGUGGAAGAUGCUCCAGCAGCCAAGCUGGGCCAACGAUCCCUUUGCUCCAAGGGCUUCCCAGAGUCACUCCAGACCGCUCCAGUGUGCUCAGCGGGAGGAAGACCCCUGGCAGCCCCACCGCAAGGCAGGGUGCCCCAGAGAUGUGGGAUCAAACAAAGAGGUGCUUGGUGGUGCUGAGCUGCGGCAGCCAUUCUGGAGUUGGCAAUAGAAAAGCGUCCAUUGGGAAUUUGUUCUUGUUUCUUCCUUCUCCUUCCCCUUCCGAAACAUUUUGUCUGUGGUUCUUCCGAGCUGUGCCGGCGGACAGGGGAUGUUACAUCCCAUGUCAGCGGUGUCAGUGGUGCUGUCGAUGUGGGGCCGGCUGCUGCCCAGAGCUGCCUGGCAGAGCCCAGGCAGGCAGGAUAGCUUGUGGGGCACAGGUACGGGCCUGGGGGUACGUGGGGAUGGUGAGCAUGGCAGGACCACCAGCCGCAGGGUCCAUUUCCCCCCUCUGCUUCUCUGGCCUGUGCUCCUGGGGAAGCUGUGUUGUUUAGGCACAGGGAAAGGGAAGGACUGGCAAACAGGAUUAGGUCCUGUGGCACUUCCUAGCAACCUCAGGCUUCGGCAGAACCUCCUGGUGCUCCUCUGUGCUUGUAGCUAUACUUUGUACUCCAGCAAAGCCUGCGGGAAAUGCUCAGGACAUCGCUCAUCUCCCACCUACACUGGGUACCGUGGGCUCGGCCCCUGUAGCAUCUCAGAGAGGAGCCACUUCCAAGUGCCAGAGCUGUACGGGACCAUCUCUCCCUGCUGCCCCUGGCAUUGCCCUGGGGCUCUGCAACAUCCAGCUGUAGCUCUGAGGCUUUUGGGUGCUUCUGGCUUUCCCUGCCCACAGCCCGCCGCUCCCACCAUUGCUUCUGUGUGGUGAGACCUGAGACCGCAGCAGGCUCCAGCUCUGUCCCCAGAAAGGCUUGGAAAGGUCAGUGGCUGUGGUCCCUGCAGCCCAGGAACACGUGUUCUUCUUGCCUGUGUCAACAGACAUAUUUCAGCCUAAUUAGCUCGUCAGGUUAUGACACUCUUCCCCUCCCUUGGGUUAUUCUGCCUGCUUAAGCACUGAGCAGUGUGAGACGGAUGAGGUUUUCCACCGUGUGUGACAGCCUUGCCCCUGUGGAGCUCCCCUGCAGCAAAAGCCAUGUCUUCCUGAAGCAUCCUGCUGGGUUGGGUCGUGCUUCAGAUGCUGGAGCGAGUUUGGUUUUCGGGGAUGGUAAAACACGCAGGGAGGGGGGCAGUGCCCCUCCAUAGCCUGCCAGCUGGGCCCAGAUGCUCAGACAGCCCCGACUGAUGCUCUGGGGUAGGAACUGGGGACGCAUCGGCUGCUCUCUGCAGCCUUAAGAGGCUGCUUCAUCCCGCAAACAUUUCUGCUUCAUCAGCAGGAUGGUGCUGGACCCAGCAGGACGCUCGCUGCUUGGGGUUUUCUGCUGCCUCAGUGCUGCUGCCCCAGGACCAGGGAGGGAUGGAGCAAUGUCCCAGCCCUGGCAAGCUUGAAAUGGUAUAAAAAAAUUUGAAAGUGCUUCCCCAACACUUCCAUUUUGCAACAAGAAUUUGAGUAGCAGUCAUGUACAACUGGAUUUAAAGACAAGAGAUUGUAGUCAACAAAAGUCCAGAAAGUCAGCAAAAUUGGAAAAUUGAGAAGAUUUAUGAUUUGUUCAAAAUUUUGCUGAACUCCUUCAUCCCUUCCGAGUCCUGGCUGAUGCUCUGCAGGCCAGGGGGGACUCCUGAUGAGAUGCAGCCUUUCCCGUCAUCCCCAAGCCACCAGGCUUUGCAACAGAGAUGGGGCUUUUCAUCUGCAUUGAGGUGAUUUAGGUGCUGUUUACUCGACAACAAAACCAGCUGACUUCUGUGGCGAGGCUUGGAUGAAGGUCCUUGAGCUUAAAGCCCCAGUGCCAGGGUUUGGAGGAGAUCUUAGAUCCUCCAGCAGGGAAGUGUGAUGUCAGGGGCUGGUGGUGCUGUGCCCGGGAGCUGCCUCCAUGCCACAGGGUGCUUUGGGUGCUGUCGUGCUUGCUGUGGGUGCCUCGGUGGCAUCUCUGCUCUCCAGGUGCACAGGGAGCAAUUUUGGAGUGCAGCAAGGAAAAAAAUAACUUUGGCUUGCCCAGUGUGUUUGGCGCAGUGUGAAUGUGGUGCCUGUAACCUGCUAGGGAAAGUGGCUUUUCUGAAAAUGAUCAGUCAGGUGCUGUCCCAAAAUACCACCCUGAAAUACCAGCCUGUUGCAAUGAAACUCUCCUCUUCAGGUGUCACGGUCAGGGGGGGCCAGGGUCUGCGCCCUCCCCAGCCCCCGGCUCUGCUGACAUUCAGCCCUGCAAUCUUAAGGAUCACUUUUCUCUCCAAACCGCUUCUCUUGUGUCCCUUGCACCAGUGCUUCUGCAAAGAGAGGUGUCGCGGCUGGGUGACGUGCUGCGGGGUGGCAUUCAGCUUUCUGCUUCCUCUCUCAGCCUUGCAUGCGUGGGGCCUCCUGGGCUGUGCGCCCCUCGUCGCUGGGGGCCACAGAGCCUCCACAAAGGGUCCUUCAUCAGAGAGAGAAUUGGCAGAGGGGCCGCCUUCCCCUGAGUGCAUUGUCCUGUUUCUCCUUUCCCAGGCUGCAGUAGCUGAGCUGCAUCGUGGUCAAACAGCAGAACUGGGGUCUGUGGUGCAAGGGACCUCCUCUUUCCCCCCUCCCGAGCUGCUCCCUGUCUCCCUGCACAUCCUACCUGAGAGCUCUGCAUGCCACCAGGUGCUGGGGAGUGUCUGGAAUCCGGUUUAUUAACAGUAAAAAUUGCAGAUUUUUGUUCGGGUUCCCCCCCCCCCCCCCCUUCUUCACCUGCUUUUGCCCCAGAGCAAAACAGCUGCAGCCUCCCAGAGACUGCACCUUUAUGGUCUCGUACCGGCCGCGCUCGGCAUUGUCGGGAGGCGGUGGCAGUCUGCCUGCUCCCGCUGCCAGCGCCCUUGGGGAGCAAAAUUCCAGCUAACCCCCUGCUUUGGCAGUUGCUCCCCUGCCUGCGACCCACUAGUCAGACCUACUGGCUUGAGUUCAGCUCCAGCUCUUUGCCAACAUUUCCUCGGGCUCUCUGCUUGUACGGCUCGCGCUGGUGUCCUCUGGAGGUGUGCUGGCAGGAGGGACAGGACCUGGGACAUCAGGGUCCCAGUCUGUGCCCCUCCUGCCUGUGCUGAGCGGCAGCCUGGGAGCAAGGGGUGCAGCAGUGGCUGGGCAGACGGUUUGCAGGCGUCGAGGCAGUUGAUCUGGCUGUUGGGGGGCAGGUCCCUGCCAGCCCCCCAUGGUGGGGUUGACUUGCUGCCCCAUCCCUGUGCGCCGUCGCGCCAGGGCCAGGGAUCUGGAUGCUUUGCAGUUGGGGUUUUUGCCGUCUCCAGCAGCGAAGUGCAGAAGCACGAUGUGAAACCUCCCCGGCUGUGGCUUCAGCGAGCCGGUUUCCCCCCUAGCCCCUCUGUCGGUGAUGAGCCCGUUUCCUAGAGGUUUUGCACUCUCUGCCUGGUAGCAGUUGAGCAGGAAGGGCAGAAGCAGGCUGGGAUUUCCCCAGGAGUCUACAAUUUCAGGUUCAGUGCAGAAGCCGCUCUCAAAGGUCCUUUGUGUCUCAUGCGUGUACCCAGUGAAGCCAGCAGAGCCUUUGGGCCCUGGACGCUUGCAGCGUGCUUCAGCGCAUCCUCCCCGUGGGCAGGCAGGAGGCCCUUGAGAGACAGGAGGCUUCUGAAGCCCCCAGUCCCCUGCACCCCUGAGCUUUGGUGCCAUGGGGAGGCUGCCAGCUCCAGUGCCUGUGGCCCUGUUGUGUGCUGUGCUGGUGACUGGGCCAGCUCCAGUUAAAGCGAGCCCCUGGUGUGGGGUUUGAGCAAAGAGCUGAGAAUGGGGAGGUGAGGCAAAGCUGGCACUGGAGUUGGGCCAGGGCAAGCCAUCAGCCCCCGAGGUGCAGCGCUGGCUAACCUGGAGCCAGCUGUGGCCGCUGGAUUCCCCUGUUCCUGCUCGACACCAGCAAUAGCAAGACCUGCUUUCCAUAUCACAAGCUUGCACAAGUUCUUUACCCUGUUAAAUCCUAUGCAACCCCCUCUCCUCUCCCCUGGGACUCUCCAGAUCCCAUCCCAUCCCAUUCUCUGUGCUCUUGCCCAUGACAAGUUCCCACUGCCUGCUGCUCUCAGGGUCCAGCUUGAUUUCUAGCAGCUCUGAAAGCAUUUCAAGACUUGUGCCCUGGAGCUGGGUGGGUGGUGGGGUGGACGAGGGCUGAGAUGGUGGGAACACUCCUUCCAGCUCAUGCUGCAGGAGCUGAGCACUGAAUUGGAGAAGGCAAGGCCUGGUCCUAGGGCUCCUCCAUGCACCCUUCACCCUCCUGUGCCUUCUGCUCAACGCUUGGUGGCUCGCUGCCAGCACCCUUCAUCUCACCCAGCACCCCUGAACGGAGAUGCUGUGUCCCACCUUGUUGCUCCCGGGUUCUGUGGACUGUUUUGCUUAUGCCUAAGCCUCAGGCUUGGCUUGGCUGCCCUUCCUUCAGCUGCCUCAAGCCUGACGGUGUGUUUCCCUUCCUCCUGUGCUCCCCAGUCUCUCCAGCACCUCUGAGCCAUUUUCCUUCUCAUGCAACCACCGUGGGUUUCUUCGUGGCUGGGGCAGAGCCUUGCCACCAGCUGCCCGGAGGUGGGAGGGUUUGGGAGGUGGACACUGCGGGUCAGUCCUGCGGCACAGCUGUCCUUGGGGCAGGCGGGGGGGGAACAGGGUGCUCGGUGCAGAGGUUCAAUGAUCUUCAGGGUGAUGCCCCCCCUCUGGGGAGCCAGCAGCUGCAGUGCCUUUACCUGCGGGACUCCCGCGUGAGCCGAGCGUGGAGGUGGGCUCUGGGCAGGAGGGGGGUGCAGGCUGCAGGUGUCCUUUCUGCUGGACCUUCUGCAUCCAUCCUGCAUCCCACCCUCAGGGGCAAGAGGCAGCCCUGCCAUGGGCCUCUGUGCUGGUAUUUCUAUUCCUCUUGCUUUUGUACGCCUCUUGCUCCUCAGGUCUUGCAAUACCCACCCCGGUCCAGCCAAGCACCCACCACGGAAUAAAAUUUGUGCCCCGUUUCUUGGCACAGCGCAGCUGCCGGCACUAGUACGGGAGUGCAGAGGAGUUUGUGCUUCAAAAUGGGGUGUCCUUUGCUGAAGAGCAUCCCAGAGCCCCACAUCCCUGGGCUGUGCCCGGGGGGACCGUGGAGCUCCCUGCAGCAGCGAGCUGGGAACGCCGCGAUUCCCCCUUCCUGGUGCCACGUCUUCCCAAAUCACUUGAAACCCACCAGCUUUUUUGAGGAAACCUGGUAACACGGGGCCUCUUGGGGAGGGAGGUAGCUGUGGGAAGCCGUGCACCCUCCAACCGGCGGUGCUUAAUGUGUCGGGAGAGGAGAAAGAGGCACCUGGUGAAGCGGAGCAGGGAUGACCCCAACCACAUGCUUGGACCUCGUGGUCUGCAGAAAUGACCCAUUUUUAUGGAGGGCUCCAGCUUGUUGGGGAAACAAAGUGUUACUGGGUUGCUCUUUCUAUAUAUUUUUGUAGGACGGGGCGGGGGGUGGGAGAGCAGAUGGGAGAUGCCUGCGGAAGUUUAUUUUUAACCCCGUAGAAAGUUUUGGGUUGUUUUUGGGUUUGGGUUUUUGGCCUUUAAAAAAAUGGUCCUUGCUUUUGAUGUUUAUGCUGCCUACCUGUAAAUCCAGAUGUACUUAAGUGGCUGAAAUCCUUGUUCUUAAAUCAGAUACACAUUAUAGUUUUGAACUAUAUAUAUAGUAAAUAUAUAUAUAUAUAUGCCUAACCCAGCAAAAAAAAACCAUAAAAAAAAUAAAGUAUUUGGGGGUGGGGAAAUGUGUUGUUCUUUGAAAUGAAUCACAAUUGGGGGAUAAAAUUGUGUUUCUGAGUGCCUCAAGAUAUGAAUUGUUUUCAUUUUUUUAAAUAAUUUUAUACAAGUGUCAAAACAGCUGGCUGGAUUAUUUGGAAUUUUUAAAUAAUCCUAACUUUUUUAAAGUAGAUUUUGAGAACUGUCCUGUAUAUAACAGUAAUGUAGCAAUAAACGUGACAUUUUAUAACAAUA